AUGAAGCGAACCGAAAAUGGGGAAAAGAAAGCAACACGCCAGUGCUGGGAAUGUCUCAAGCGACGUUUGGUGUGUGAUCACAACCUGCCGCACUGUAAGAAGUGCAUCAAGGCUGGCAAGGAGUGCCCAGGGUACGAUGAGCAAAAGCCACUGCAGUGGGUAGAACCCGGUAGGGUGACAUCGAGACGACGGAAGAAGGACACCACGCCCAAAGUGUACACGAUCGGGCCAAAAGGUGCUAGAUUCGCUGCGCCAACCAUCGCCAGCCUACCCGCUGAGAAGUCCAGCAAGUCCGACUCGUCAGUGCUUACCACGCAAGAUGUAGGCCUCACCUUCAAGUGGGAGCUACCACAACACUCUCGGCAAUACAUUCUCGAGGAACCUCGAGUAACUGCAGAGGCCGUUGAGCUCUACAAAAGCCAACUCGCGACCUUGCUAGUCCACGAAGAGAAGGCAGCAUGGUGGCACAGCAUGACAGCCGAAGAGCAAACAGAACACAUCACAAUGAUGGCUGCAGAAGCCGCAGCAGGUGUUGGGGUGGGCCAGCAAAUCAUGCGAAUUGGCAGUCAGAAAGCCAUCAGGGCAGUAGUCGAGAGAGGCCACGCCUGGGAGGCCGCGAUGCUGCUGCAAUCCGAUAAAGAUCCUCUCGAGAAGUUAAAGCGACUCCUUUGGAUCAUGGAGAUGAAUCAGCUACCUUCGUAUGAACAUCUGUCCAAUGAGACCAGCGAGGUUGUGCAAGCUGUCAAUUAUUUCAACGUGAGGAUAUAUCCAGACGUCAAAGAGACCGACUCUUUGGUACCAAACCCGGCUGUGAUCCACUUUCCUGUCUGGGCUCUACAUAUCUUGCCUCCUGCCAUGCAUCACACCCUCGUCUGUUUAGGCCUGAAUCACUACAUUCAUUCGUUACCCGAGGGCUCAAACCGCGCGUUGGUUGUCGGAAAUAGAUCGAAGGUCUACAAAUACCGCGGUCUUGCAAUACGUGCCCUCAGUGAGAACGUCGCAAGGGAAACGACUUGCAGCAGUGAUUUGACAAUAAGUAGUAUCUUGAUGUUCAUGGCCAUGGAGGUCCAGAAUUCUAGCGCAGGAGAUUGGAGAUUGCACGCUCACGGCAUGAAACGGCUGAUAGACAUGCGAGGCGGUUUCUCGUCUCUUUUGCGCUCGGCGCCACAUCUGACAUCCGCGAUGGUCAUAUUCACUGUCAUCGUGACAUUCUCCAACACUCUUGGCCUAGCAGCAGAUCAAAUCAGCAUCACUGAGCCCAUUGAGCAGCACAUCGAAGAAGUGGAGAAAUAUUACAGUCUGAUUUUUCCCUAUCUCCUAUGUCCCCCAACACUCUUCAUCGAGAUCAUUCGCAUAAACCGAUUACGGUGGGAGGUUACGAACGCACCCUUCGAUAACCCAUAUCAACAUACGCUGGACGCACACGACAUCCUUGCCCGUGUCGAAGCCUUCGAGCCAGGAGAUUGGGCACAGCCAGGCGAGAACCACGAAGACUGGCAGCUCAUUGGGUCAAUUUACCAAUCGGCGAUUGCCCUGUACUGUACUAUGUCGCUGCAGGCAGUUGGUACUCUUCCCGACAGCUUGGAGAUGGUGACCAUGCGCACCAUCCACGCUGAACGUCUAUUUGAGGAUCUCAAGACCUCCGCACGAUCUCGGCACUUGCGAAAGUUCUCGCUAUUCCCACUCUGUGUACUUGGUGUGGAAGCUGGAUUCCACGACCAGCCAAGCACGCGCACCUGGAUCGAGCGACGCUUGGAUGACCACAGUCGACUAUUGGGUACAAGCAGUCCUCUCAAAGCGCGAGCAGUACUACGACGCUACUGGCAGCGCAAGAAGGCUGGCUGGGACGAAUGCUUCGACGGUUUGUACGUCUGUAUCUUGUGA